AUGAAUCGAUAUCGCCAGCAGUCGCUCGAACACAUCUUCAAAAAUAACAAGAAAUGGGUCUUGUCGAAGAAGUGCGCAGACCCCGCCUUUUUUGACAAGCUUGCUGCUGGGCAAUCACCUGACUAUCUAUAUAUAGGCUGUAGCGAUAGCCGUGUCCCUGCCAACGAAAUAAUGGGUCUAGAGGCUGGCGAGGUUUUCGUUCACCGCAAUAUCGCCAAUCUAGUACCCAAUGUCGACCUUAACGUCAUGUCCGUGAUCAACUAUGCUGUGCGACACUUGAAGGUCAAGCACAUCAUUGUGUGCGGCCAUUACAAUUGUGGAGGGGUCAAAGCGGCGUUAACACCGGCUGACUUGGGAUUACUUAACCCAUGGCUCCGAAACAUUCGCGACGUGUAUCGCUUGCAUGAGAAGGAACUCGACGGAAUAACCGAUGAAAGCUCAAGAUAUAAUCGAUUGAUCGAACUCAAUGUGGUGGAAUCCUGCAGGAAUAUCAUCAAGACCGCUGCUGUCCAGCAAAGCUACCGAGAUCUUCAGUAUCCUAUUGUUCAUGGAUGGGUUUUUGAUCUACGCGACGGCCUACUCAAAGACCUCAAGAUCGAUUUUGAGGGGGUGUUAGAGGAUGUGAAAAAGAUCUAUAGUCUGUCGUCGGAUCUCAAUCGCAAGUAA